AUGAACAUGGAAAAUUAUUUAAACACUGUUUUUCUUUCUUUUUCUUGUACUUACGAAAGACGGGAAUGCCGGUUGCCCACCUUGUUCAGCCGUGGUCGGUUUCCCGGGGAUUUCACCAUAGACUCUUGGAUUCCCAUAAAAAGUCAUCAACGGAGACAAGCGACACUGCCGCCUAGCGGAUGGAGGGUCUUCCCACACGUGUGAAGAUUCUUGUCUCUUCCUUAUCGUUGUGUCCUGACCAGUGACCCGAACUGAGGCAAGGGAGGCCUGCGGUUCUUUACAAGUGGUCCUGAGUUCCUCUGUGGCCUCCUGGAUGAGUCACUGUUGUUCUCUCGGGGUAAUCGUUGUAAAGUGUGAGCCUGGAUGUUCACGGUGCCAGAAUGACGUGGAGCUUGGGCAACCGCCUGUGUCUCAUUGUAUUCCUGAGUUUGAUUGAACCAUCAAAAGAGGACUGUAAAGACUAUUUUACAGAGGACGAAUGGAAAAAUACAACGCAACUUCAAAUGGUCUCCCUCGUGAUCACAGAGAACAUCACAAAUGUGGCGGAGUGUACUUUAGAAAGCUACUGUUUUUCACAAAAAAUAAUGUGUGACGUGCUGGAUGACUGCUUUCCUAAACAUGAGAAAUCCCGUAAAAAGUGUCAACCUGCGUGGAAUGUCUCUGUUCAUGCUCAUCACUUCAAGUGCCUGCUAGCCAAAAUGGUGGAUUUCCAUAAAACUGUAAAUGAAAGUGUCUGCCCAUUAUUUGAGAAAAGCUGGCAUGCUGCAGCAACCGCGCUGCCGACAGCAACAGCACCGCAGACGAUAGUCACAUCACCGGUUUGGUCAUCUCAGACUGCGCCACUGCCGACAUCACGUGCGGUGUCGCCAAAAUUGACGCGUUUGGGAAGAAACGAACAACAUGCCAAGAAGUCUAAAGCCUGUCAAAGCAACCACAUGAUUAUCCUGACGGUUCUAUUGGGGAUUUCUUCAACCCUUGCCAUGGUUUUGCCGUUGGCUGUUUACUUUUACAUGCGCCGCCGGAAGACGCAAGACAAGAUGUGGCGGCAGUAUGGCAAAGCGUCUGCAAAUUCUGAAGUACUGAUGGAGCACAUUGGAGUUUCCGCAUCAUAAGCUACGCAUUAGAGCAGAGGCGACAACUUGGCAAGCAUAAAGAGCCGGAGAACAAACGGAUGCCCGCACUAACACAGAGCGAGCUACUUAAAGCUUCACAUGAGAAGGUCAAAAUAUUAGUAACAGCUCUCAGCGAGCUGCAAUACAGUUCGACACUACAAACAAUAAUGAAGAUGUUCAAUUCAUAUUACUCUGGCUGGCAGUGUCAAUAAAAACGAAUAUCUUCAUACAUGUGUGUCAGAAAAGCUUCAGGAGGAGUGUGUCUCUCUCUCUCUCUCCUCCUUCACUCUAGUUGCCCCGCUGGUCUGGAAAAUGGUUACCAGAGCUGCAACCUCAACCUGCCCCCCCCCCAGCACACUUCCCACUCUCUGUCCCAUCAUGACGACAUCAACAAUUCCUCUUGGACAUGAGGAAGAGUUCCCUCCGGCUUUAAAACUGCUUCCACCUCUCCCGACCUCAAGAAGCUCGGACUGGUCGCUGAGGAGCUGAACAAGUACCUGGCUGUUCUCCAACCUUCCUUUCCUCAGCAAAACCCUGGAAAAGGCCAGUCGCCUCUCAGCUUCAUUUACUGGCCCCCAAAAUACUUCUCUAUGCUUUAUGGUUUCCUGACUCUUCUUUGUGUAGCCCACAUUAGCAUUUACAGCUAACAAACCCAAAAAUUGUGAACAAUCACACUGUGACCUCUUGCUUCAAAAAUAUCAAACACUUUUUUUUCUGAAGUAUAGUUUUGAUAGUGGGGGGAAAAAACAGCGAAGAGCUGAAAAAGAACUCCUAUCUGGGGCAUCAAGUAUAAGCAAAUGAGAGCAGUCUUUAUCAGAAUGUUUGCGAACAAGGCCGGAGAACAGAAUGAAUAUGAAGUGUUUUUCAUUCGUGUGUGACGAGAUUUUGCACUUCAGGUGGAGCGUUGAGAGGAAGCAAGCAAGAGCACGCAUGCUGCUAUGAUGCAUUUGCAAGAGCCACUAAUGUCUGCUGCGUUCCCAAAAUGGGAGGAAUGUUGACCUGGCUCUUCCUACCUUCGUCGACAGGCUUAUCCCGCCAUAAGCUUCAUUUCAUUUUAUUUUUUAAGUGAGGAAAAUUAAAAUGUCCAUCCAAAUAACUGCUAUGAUAUGCUACUGUAUAUGUAUAUCCAUAUACUGUGUGUGUAUAUGAUGUGGACAUUCUAUUUAUUGCUGGCGUCUGGCGAAAACCUCGCAUCAUCACGUCAGGAAACCAGAAAAACGUCUAGCCUUUAAUAUUGUACCGGCAAAGAGAGCGAGCCAUUUUGAGCACUUUAGAUCGGUCAAUAAUAUGUCAACGUAACAUACUAAGAGUAUUGAUUUGUGAAAAAAUAUGAAAUUUGGACAUGCGAGGUUUCAGCCAAUGCCAACGUUAUAUAACUAUACAUUGCAGGUUUUACAACCAAUAAAACAAACUGACAUGAAAUAGGA